AUGUGUUAUCAAUUUACAGACUAUUUUUUUUUGCAGUGUGAGGACAAAAAAGAAGACAUGAUGGCCAGUUUUAAAUCAGAAAGGGCUUGUCUCUUAGAUUAUGAAGAAAUAGCGGAUAUCUUAAAGACAAGCCUGGAUCAUGGCCUCACUGAAACAGAAGCUAAACAAAGAUUAAAGUUGUAUGGUGUCAAUGAUUUUGAAAUAUCACAAGAUGAACCAUUAUGGAAAAAAUACCUUGGACAGUUUAAAGAUCCAUUAAUAUUACUCUUAUUGGCAUCAGCAGUAGUAAGUGUUUUUAUGAAACAGUUUGAUGAUGCUGUUAGUAUAACAGUGGCUAUUACAAUUGUUGUUACAGUAGCAUUUAUACAGGAAUAUAGAUCUGAAAAAUCUUUAGAAGCAUUAUCAAAAUUGGUACCACCAAAAUGCCAUUGUUUACGGAAUGGUAAAGUCGAAACAUUUUUUGCCCGUGAUUUAGUACCUGGUGAUAUAGUAUAUUUAAGUGUAGGAGAUCGUGUCCCAGCUGAUCUUCGCUUAUUUGAGGCAGUAGAUAUGUCUAUUGAUGAAUCAAGUUUUACUGGUGAAACUGAGCCAGUCAAUAAACAGACCAACAUAUUAAAUAAAGGUUCUACUAAUGGUAUAUCUAGUAGAACGAAUAUAGCUUUUAUGGGUACUCUAAUACGAUGUGGCAGGGGCAAGGGUGUAGUUAUUGGUACAGGCGAAAGUUCAGAAUUUGGUGAAAUUUUUAAAAUGAUGAAUGCUGAAGAUGCACCCAAAACUCCCUUACAGAAGAGUAUGGAUACUCUUGGAAAACAACUAUCAUUUUAUUCCUUCUGUAUUAUUGGUGUUAUAAUGUUGAUAGGAUGGAUUCAGGGUAGAGGAUUAUUAGAUAUGUUUACUAUUGGUGUUAGUUUGGCAGUAGCAGCAAUUCCUGAAGGUUUACCUAUUGUAGUAACAGUAACAUUAGCUAUUGGAGUUAUCAGAAUGGCUAAACAGAAAGCUAUCAUAAAGAAACUACCUAUCGUGGAAACUCUUGGAUGUGUGACUGUUGUAUGUUCAGAUAAAACAGGUACAUUAACUAAGAAUGAAAUGACAGUUACACAGAUAUAUACAUCAGAUGAUCAACAAGCUGAGGUUACUGGGGUAGGUUAUAAUGGAGAUGGUCAAGUUAUAUCUGGAGGUGAAGCAUCUAAAGGUGGAGCAUCAACAUUAUCUAAAGUAGUUGAGGUUGGAUGUGUAUGUAAUAAUUCAGAUAUUACAAAUGAAGGUUUACGUGGUCAACCUACUGAAGGAUCAUUAUUAGCUUUAGCAAUUAAGAUGCAUGUGCAAGAUUACCGAGAAAAAUAUACUAGGCUACAAGAAUGGUCUUUUAGUUCAGAAACUAAAUAUAUGACUGUUAAAUGUCAACCUAAAUUUGGGAAUGAUAAUGAACCAGUAUAUUUUGUAAAAGGUGCAUUAGAAAGAGUAUUACAGAUGUGUACACAUAUAUUAUAUAAUGGUACAACACAACCAUUGACAGAGAAAAAUGUACAGAAAUAUACUCAACAGGCUUCACGUAUGGGCUCUGCUGGUCUCAGAGUUUUAUCAAUGGCAUAUGGUAAAGAAAUGAACAAGUUAAUAUUUGUUGGUAUGGUUGGUAUCAUUGAUCCACCUAGAGAAGGAGUACGAGAAGCUAUAUGGACAUUAUUAAGCUCAGGUGUUAGUAUUAAAAUGCUAACUGGUGAUUCAGAAGAAACAGCUAAAGCAGUUGGUGCAAGAUUAGGAUUAUAUUCAUCUGGAGCCUCCUCAUUAUCUGGAGAUCAAAUUGAUCAAAUGGAUAUCAAAGAUUUACGCAAAAUUAUCAACCAAGUUGGUGUGUUUUAUAGAGUAACACCUCGACAUAAAUUAAAAAUAGUCAAAGCUCUACAAUCUAAUGGUGCUGUUGUUGGAAUGACAGGCGAUGGUGUAAAUGAUGCUGUAGCAUUAAAAUCUUCAGAAAUAGGUAUCUCUAUGGGUAAAUCUGGUACUGAUGUAUCUAAAGAGGCUGCAGAUAUGAUUCUUGUUGAUGAUGACUUCUCUACUAUUCUAUCUGCUAUUGAAGAAGGAAAAGGCAUAUUUUAUAACAUUAAAAAUUUUGUACGGUUUCAACUGAGCACGAGUAUGGCAGCCUUAUCAUUAAUAGCUUUAUCAACUGUUAUGAGUUUACCUAAUCCUUUAAAUGCUAUGCAAAUAUUAUGGAUUAAUAUCAUAAUGGAUGGACCUCCAGCUCAAAGUUUGGGUGUAGAGCCUGUAGAUCAUGAUGUGAUAAGACAACCACCACGUAAAGUACGAGAUCCUAUAUUAACUAAACAACUCAUAUUUAAUGCUCUAUUAUCUGCUGUUAUUAUUGUUAGUGGUACAUUAUGGGUAUUCUGGAGAGAGAUGAGUGAUAACAAAAUAACACCCCGAGAUACUACUAUGACUUUUACCUGUUUUGUAUUUUUUGAUAUGUUUAAUGCUUUAGGCUGUAGAUCACAGUCAAAGUCUAUAUUUCAAAUAGGGUUGUUUACAAAUAAAGUAUUUUUAUUAGCUGUUGGUGGGUCUAUAUUAGGUCAAUUAUUAGUUAUUUAUUUCCCACCAUUACAACUUGUAUUUCAAACAGAAGCACUCAGUAUUGUAGAUUUUGUAUUUUUAAUAAGUUUGACCUCAACAGUGUUUAUAGCUUCUGAAUUAAGAAAAUGGCGUCAAAGAACUUGUGAGGAUAAAAAACGUUUAGUGGUAGAAAAUAAAUAUUAUCCUGAUAACUAUGUAUAG